AUGCUCGUGUGGGCGGUGCUUUGUUGUGCAACGCCGGUGGCGGUUGCUUUCGUGAGCCCGAAGGCUCGAGUUGCACGGCUGUCGGCGCUUGGGAAGAGCAAUCCAGUGGGCAAGCCGGGAGUGACGAGUCAUCGUUGGGCGGCAACAACGGCCAAGCACGGCAGCAGCAGCGGCAGGGCUACUGGAACUGGGCGAAGGUUGCACAUGCGCAUGGGCUCUGCCGCACCGGUGGACGCGCAGGCAGUCGGAGAGGGCCGCGGGAGGAGACGCAAGGCGUUUCGGGCGAGAGUGGGAGCGCUCUUCCGCGGGACUGCUGCAGGGGACACAAGGCUCGAGAGGGCGACCUACCUGGCGUCGUACUGGCUGAGGGCAGCGAGGCGUGUCGCCAGCAAGCGCGCGCUUACCGUAGCGCUAGCGUUCACGCUCGCCUUCCCAUCUCUGAUCGCGCCGCGAUUUUCGCCCGGGGGUACGGAGGGAGGCUUGGCCGCGGGCGGCGCCGGCAGUGCGCACCCGGCCGUCGAGCUCGUCCUCCCCUUCUCCGAAAACGCCGCUGCUGCCGAACAAGCAACGCCAGCACCGGCGACGGGGGGGGCAAGGGGGGUGCGGGAGCAGCACCAACAACACCAGGGGGUGGUAAGCGGCGGGGCGGGGCGGACGGGGGCGUCAAGAGCGGCGUUUGUCGGACCGUGGGGGAAGGAGGAGGGAGAUAGAGGAGGAGACGCGCAAGGCGCUCGAUCGUCGUCGAAGGGGGGGCUGUCGGCGGCGGCGGUCAGGGCUCCCUCCAAGAGGGUGGGGGGAACGAAGAGGGGUAAGGCUGUGGAGAAAGACGGCACGAAGGAGGCGCUGCGCUCGAUGGCGACCAAGGCCGGGGUAAACGGCCGCGAGAUCGCAGAAGAUUUUUGGGGGCACAUCCAGGGCGCGAAAAGGGACGUGUUGGUGAUCCUCAUGGCCAACGCGCUCAUCAUCCCGGUCUGCAAGCGCGUCGGCCUGUCGCCGGUCCUCGGUUUCUUGGCCGCCGGCGUGGCGCUGGGGCCGAACUGCCUCAGCAUCGUGUCCGACGUGAAGGCUAUCGAGGUGCUCGGAGAGAUGGGCAUCGUCUUCUUCCUGUUCGAGAUGGGCCUCGAGCUGAGCGUCACCCGCCUCAUGGCCAUGAAGCGCGACGUUUUCGGGCUGGGCCUGGCGACCUUCGGCGUGUCCGCCGCCGCGGUCGCGGGCGCCUGCUACGUCGCGGGACUCACGGGGGCGCAGAUGGUGGUGAUCGGGGGCGGGGUCGCGCUGUCCAGCAGCGCGUUCGUCCUUCAACUGCUGAGGGAUCGCGACGACCUAGGGACUCGCUACGGCCGCGCCUGCUUCGGCAUUCUGUUGUUCCAGGACCUGGCGGUAGUGCCACUGCUGGUGGCGAUCCCUCUCCUGGCCGGGGGAGGUGGCGGGCUGGCGGCCGCGCUCACGUCUGCGGCAACGAAGGCGGCUAUCGCUUUGGGGCUCAUCGCUUUCAUCGGCAAGAACAUCCUGAGCCGCUUCUUCCUGCUGGUGGCGAAGAGCAAGUCUCAAGAGGCUUUCCUGGCGGUGAUCCUGCUCACCGUCAUCGCUCUGUCCAGCAUCACCGAAGGCCUGGGGCUGAGCGGCACGCUCGGCGCGUUCCUCGCCGGCACCCUGCUUGCCGACACCAAGUACACUCCUCAGGUGGAGGCUGACAUCGCACCGUUCCGAGCGCUGCUGCUUGGAAUGUUUUUCAUGACGGUCGGCUUCGAGAUCGACCUGGCUCUCUGCUUCAACAACCUGCCCUUGGUCGCCAGCCUCGUGUCGGGCUUGCUGGCGAUGAAGGCCGCGAUCAUCGCCUUGAUCGCCUUGGCCUUCGGCCUCUCCGUCGCGAACGCGCAGCAGACGGGGCUGCUUCUCAGCCAGGGCGGGGAGUUCGCUUUCGUGGCCUUCGGGAUGGCGGAGCGCCUGGGCAUCAUAGAGCCGCAGCUGUGCAAGCUGCUGCUGACGACCGUGGCCAUCAGCAUGGCGGCCACGCCGGCGCUUUCUAACUUCUCCGCCUGGGUCGCCGACCAGAUGGAGGCGCGCAUGGGGUACGACCACUACCUGGGCGGCGACUCCGAGUCCGACGAGAUCAGACAGGGGGACGGCUUUGUCGUGGUGUGCGGCUACGGCCGCAUCGGGCGCCUGGUGUGCGAGCUGCUGGGCAAGAAGUUCAUCAACUUCGUGGCGUUCGACAACAACCCGCUCAAGGCCAUGGAGGCCCGAAAUCGCGGUCUGCCGGUUUUCUAUGGCGACGUCAUGCGGCCGGAGGUGCUGAACGCGUUCAACGUGGGCAAGGCCAAGGCCGUGAUCUGCACCCUCUCCGAGGUGAAGGGCACGACCACGGCCGUCGUCAACCUUCGAAGGGAGUUCCCCGACCUGCCGAUUUUCGCUCGCGCCCAGGACGCCAGGCACCAGAAGAACCUCGCCUCCAUCACGGACGUCGUGGCCAUGGUGCCGACCCUCCCCGAGGACUCUAUCAUCGUCAGCCUCCCAUUCGGCGGCGCGGUUCUCCGGAGCCUGGGGUGCACGGCGGACGAGGUGAACGUCCUGCUCGAGGACACCCGGAAGAAGUUUGUGCUGGAAAAGGGUCUGGAGAACGAGGAGGACGACAACCUGUUCGAGCAGCUGGGCAUCCAGAAGUCCAUGGUCGAGACCUACACGGAGAACCCCAUCUUGAAGGACGCCGGCGGCGCCGUCGACGCCGACACCGUCGAAACCGACGACGCGCGGGACGCCGGAAAGGGCUCUGCGGCAGCCGCGACGAAGACGGAGAAGGCAGCGGAGGCGGCGGCAGCAGUGGCAGCGGUGGCAGUGGCGUCGGCAGCGGCAAAGCCGACGGCCGCGACCGACCUCCCCGGUUUGGACGGCUCGUCGGACAGCGAUGAGGACGUCGCCGCGGACGGCUCAGCCGCCGCCGCCGAGGCGCAGGCAACGGUAGCAGCAGCGGCAGCGGCCGUCGAGCCCGAGCCGGAGAGCUCGGAGGCGGCGCGGGCGGCGGCGGCCGCGCUCGAGGCCGCGGUUGCGUCCGGAGACGUGGUGUACCCCAAGAACGACCCCACGCACGACGCCGACAAGGACGGAGAGGACGACCUGGACGGGGGCAUCGUGAACGGGGAGGAGGGGGAGGGGGAGGAGCUGGCGGCGUCGGUUGGCUCGAAAGAAAGCUCUUGAGUGUUUAAGUUGCUUGAAGCAGUAGCAGUAGUUCGAGUUUUUUUUGUUGGCGUCUGUCUGUCUGUCUGUCCUGGGUUAGUUAAGGGUGUGUCAUUGUUUUGUUUUUCUUAUUUUGUUUUUUUUCCGUGUGAUGCGACGGAACAGGUGCGGUAUUGUUUCGAAUGGUGCCCCUCUUGUCUUGACGGAAUCGUUGGGUUGGAGAAAGACAGACUAGACAGCGACAGAGCACGUGCAACAGAAAUAAAUGGUUGUGAUUAUUACCAAGUCCAAUACCCUUUUUCCUCGCGAAAGGGAGUCAACGCUUUUUUGCGUGAUCGCUCUGCGUGCUGGAGAUAUGUCGGCCCAUUUUUUGUCUACUUUUUACUCGACCGACUGACCGACCGAGUCGGAGACGAUAGGUUGUGGGUACGAGACGCAGUUUGUUAGUUUUGAGUGUGGGAACGGGAGUGGACGGCGAGGAAGUGGAUGGUACAUAUGCAUACCACACUCGUCGUUUUUCUUUCGAGUUUCUUGAACAUGCGUGGCUCAACUGGGCUGCCUGUGUACACGUUUUACCCGAUGAAUGGUAUUGUAUGGGUGUGUAUCCAGGAAGCACUGACUGGUGUGAUACCCACUUUUUCGCCCCGUUGACAGCAGAGUUGUUUGCUGCCAAUUUUUAAGCUACUGCUGUAGCAUGCAGUUGUGGCACGCCGACUUGCAGCGUAUCGAGGUUUGGCCAUGGAAAAUAUGAAGCGACACACAAAAACGCAGGCGUGAUUAAUUAACGAGCUUUAGUGUUGGUUGAUCGUGUCUCGCUCCGGGAGGGCGCACUCGGAUGGGCAGUACGUACAUACCAUUAUUGCAGGGUUAUGGGUAGACUAAAACUGCCAUGGUGAUGGCUCGACCGCUCUAACUCCUACGUGCGCUCCAUGACAAUGUUACUACCCUCAUCGUGUGUGAAUAAAGUCUUGUAGUCUAAUCGUAGAUAGGUCGAAGAGGAUACUGUCUCUAGGAGGAGUAGGAGUGAGUACCGUGAGCGAAUGAAUGCAGAGUGAUGGCGCCCAUAGCGUGGGCCUACCCAACUCGAC